AACUCCGCGCGUUGUUGGGAGCCAAUGUCAUUCCUGCUCUGCCCACAGCUUCGGGAUUCUAGGAAAACAGAACACCAAACAACUCCGAGAGGGGGGCAAAAGUUCCAGUGCCUGACUGUUUUUUAUGAGCCCUACCAUGUUUCUGACUACCACAAACUUCAUUUUUGUAACCUUCAGCUGCAUCGGGAGGCGAAGCUCCCUUGUUUACGCUUUGAAGUGAAAACUUCGAAGUUUUUCAACUCAAUUCUUUUAAAAAAAAAAAAACAGUUCAAUUGGAGUAUAUUACUCAGAGCAAUUGCUUACUCAUAGGACUGUUGCCCAGCCUGAAACUAACACAGACUUCCUCCGAUUUGAUUCUUGCUGUGCUUGUCAGUUGCAAUUUCUUCUCAAACGUCCACAUUUGUUGUUGGGGUUACCUCCACCCACUUCAGACUCCAAAGACAAGACUUGUAUGAUAUAAACACCACUGGGGCCAAGGAAAAGCUGGACCAUCUCUAGUCCCUCAUAGCGCCGAUGUUCCAGAAAGGAAAACAAAAUCAUUUUCCGAUGCUGAAAUCUGGACUUUGCAUCACUCUCUCUCUAUCACAUGCUAUUUGCUUUACUGGAGAAAACAGAAAGAGAGGCAUUGAGAGCUGGAUAAUCUGGAAUGUUGUUUCGACUGACUUGGACUGCUCUUUCACCUUUGUGACAUCGGCAUAGUUGGACUCUCACCUGGUUGAUGGGAUUAAUUUGUUCCUGAGAUUAUUCUCUUGGCAACGUCGCGAGUCUGAAGAAGGACAUGGCCUCCGUUUCUUACGUCCUACGAGCCUGGGUUUUUCUCUUCCUUCAUGGCUGCAUCACAGGGUAUCCUAAGCAAGCACGCUCUGUGUCAGAAGACACAAGAAACUGUACAACUAAGCCACCGUACUUGCCACCCACGGCGAUUGUGACGGGCGAGAGGCUGAAGGCCUUACGUGAGCACAUGAAAACCUACAAGCUGUCAGCCUAUAUUGUGCCUAACACAGAUGCACACCUGAGUGAAUAUGUCGCAGAACGGGACAAGCGACUCGCUUGGAUGUCGGGUUUUUCAGGAUCGUCGGGGACUGGUGUGAUCACCCUGCAAAAAGCCGUUCUCUUCACGGACAGCCGCUAUUGGAUCCAGGCUGAGCGUCAGAUGGACUGCAAUUGGGAGCUGCAGAAAUCAGUGUGGGUCACCUCUAUUGGACAAUGGAUACUCAAUGAAGUUCCUGCUGGGGGAACCAUUGGAUUGGACCCCUUCCUCUUUUCUAUCGACACUUGGUACAGCUAUCAACAGAUCCUGGAUGGUGAAAAUAGGACUUUGGAUUUCCCUGUCGUUAACCUGGUGGACCUCGUGUGGGGCAGCGAGCGGCUUCCGCCUCCGACCAACACAAUCUAUCGACUCACUGAUGACUUCAUUGGAAGUACCUGGCAAGAGAAGGUUGCCCACGCUCGGUCGCAGAUGGAGCAACACAGCAGGAAGCCCACAGCAAUCUUGCUUUCUGGCCUCGAGGAGACGGCAUGGCUCUUCAAUCUUCGAGGAGAUGACAUUCCUUACACCCCCGUCUUCUACGCUUACACUCUUCUCACCAAGACAGAUAUCAGUCUGUUUGUGAACCGGAGUCGGCUGAGCACCGGAGCACUCCAGAUGUUGACAGCAGGCUGUGUGGAAUCUUUGUGUGUGAAGGUCGAAGACUACGACCAGAUAGGGGCCAGCCUGAGAAAAUAUGCCCACCAAGAUGGGGUGAUCAUCUGGAUCGGAACAGAAUACACAACUCUGGGACUUUACAAGGAGAUCCCUCAAGAAAAACUCUUAGAAGACGAUUUCUCCCCUGUCAUGCUCUCCAAGGCUGUCAAAAACUCCAAGGAGCAGAAGAUGAUGGAAGCCGCUCAUAUACGAGAUGCCGUGGCGCUGAUCCGGUAUUUGGUUUGGCUGGAAAAGAAGGUGCCCAAGAACUCUGUAGAUGAGGCGUCUGGAGCACAUUACCUGGACGCGCUACGAAGGGAAGAGCUGUACUGCAAGGGGCCGAGCUUUGAGACCAUCUCAGCCAGUGGAUUGAAUGCAGCCUUGGCUCAUUACAGCCCGUCCAAUUUUACUGCUCGAAAGCUAACUCCCAAUGAAAUGUACUUAUUGGAUUCUGGAGGCCAAUAUUUUGACGGCACCACGGAUAUCACUCGGACCAUCCACUGGGGGGAGCCCACAGCUUUUCAGAAGGAAGCCUACACAAGAGUGCUGAUGGGAAAUAUUGACUUGAGCAAGCUCGUCUUCCCACCCAGAAUGUCAGGGAGACUGGUGGAAGCGUUUGCUCGCCGGCCCUUAUGGGAAGCUGGGUUGAAUUAUGGCCAUGGCACCGGUCAUGGCAUCGGCAACUUCUUGUCUGUUCAUGAGUGGCCUGUGGGGUUCCAGUCCAACAAUGUUCCUUUGGACAAGGGGAUGUUCACUUCCAUAGAGCCUGGUUAUUAUCAUGAUGGGGAAUUUGGAAUCCGUCUCGAGGAUGUUGCACUCGUGGUGCCAGCUAAGACCAAGUAUCCGGUGCACGAAGAGCCCUACCUGACAUUCAAGGUGGUGUCCCUGGUGCCCUACGCACGGAACCUCAUUAACCAGAGUCUCCUCUCUCCGGAUCAGAUCCAGUACAUCAACAAGUACUAUGAGACCAUCCGGCAGAUCAUUGGGCCUGAGCUGGAGAGACGUCAGCUGAAAGAGGAACACCAGUGGCUGCAGAAGAACACGGAGCCUUUCUCUCAUGCCUCCUUACUGGCAGCUUCGCUUGGCACCUUGGCAGCGAGCACACUGGCUUCUACCAUUCUGCCAGGAGCCCAGCAUUGAUCCGGGAGCACCACACAACUUCCUUGCAACUCUUUGCCCCAUCCUUAAGUCUCAUCGUGUGGUCCACCUCAACCCGUAUCUCACAGGCCUCCAUUUUAGGCCUCUAAGCAUCACUAACCAUCCUUCUUCCCAUUUCCAUUGGCAUCACCAGAGUCUCCUGAUGUUCUGACCUAGGCUUCCCCAGAGCAUGAAGCAGAUUCCUUGUCCCGACAAAAACCCCUUUUUAUUAAGUUACUGUGAAUUCCUCUCAUUCACAUUUAGCAAAGUCUUUCAAGGGUAAAUUUACAGUCACAGACCUUAUCUGGCUUGGAGAGCUGCCAGGCCGAUAUCUUCAAAACUUGGCAAGGAGUCUCCAGAGAGUCACGAACCAAUUAAGCGAACUAAUUGUCUCCUGCAAACUCCCCUCCCCUUUCGCUCCUCUUUAUUCCCUCUGGGAGGGGCCAUUCACCGUCCACCUGUGGCUUUACUCCUGAGUCGACCCUUGUUCCUUAGCUGUUCCCUUCUCCUGGCAGCUCUGCGCAUGCACACAAUGGGAACAGGCUCCAGCUGUUCAUCUGCCUCACUGAUGUCUGACUCCGAAGGCAGCUGACAACUAUCAGAUGGCCCUGGCCCCAUCUCUGCCUCUGACGCAGAGCACCCAUCAUAGCCUCCCCCAGACUCCAGGACUGGCCCAUGUUCUUCCCCAACCUCCUCACUGUCUGAGUCUUCCACCAGCUCCGCUGGCUGCUGGCGGGCCAUAACACUUGCAUCUGAUUCCAAGCCAGGAACUGUAUAAACCCAUUCUGUGUUUCUCUCCUGGGCGGACCUUGGGAGCCAAGGUGGAGCAGAGGCUGAAAGAAGGAAGGUGGUAAUAAAAUGACAUCUGAAGAAUUUCA